CCUGGAUCAUUUAUUUAUCUUGUGCGCAUUAAGAAACCACCAUUAGGCUUUGGUGGGAGGCGCCUUACUUUCUGCGCGCUAGCCUGCCUCCCUUGCGCUGCGAUAGGAAUACACAAUUGAACAGAAGCUGCAAGCUUGGCAGGAGCUGCCUUCUGCGUGCCUAUUUAUUUGCCGGAUCCGUAUUUUUUUGCCGACUGGGUCAUUGCCGCCCCCCCUCCAGGGUUUCAUCUUAAUUUUUUUGUGUGUGUGUGGAUUUUUUUUUUUUUUUCCGGGAACCCUCGCCGGAGUUUGGAUGCCGGGCCGGACUUAGCGCGGGCGCGGAGGAGCUGCGCGGAGCCGUGCCUCCUGCCCCCGGGCCCCGCCCGUGGAUCGGCCUCCCUGGCCCGGCGCCGGCCGCGGGUUGGCCGCGGGGCCGCGGAGUGGCGGGUGCGCUGCGCCGCGCCGCCGCCUCCCCGCGGAGCAGCCGAGGGAUGCUGCUGCGCUGCGGACGGGCAUAGGCAGGAGCCGAGCGGGCGGGGGAGGGAGCGGAGGGAAGGAAGCAAGGAAGGAAGGAAGGAAGGAAAGACGGAAAGAAAAGAUCCCCCGGCCCCGAGGGGAGAGGAAAAAGAGGAGAGGCAAGCAGGAGCGUGAAUGUGAAGGAAUGUGCCUGCCCGCCGCCGGAGCCGCACGCUUGGGAUAAAAAAAAAAAAAAAAAUAAAUCGACGAGGCUGAUUCUUGCGACUUACUACCCGGAAAAAAAAAAAAAAAAAGAAAAACCUGAGAGCGGAGGGAGAAGAAGGAGAGCGAAGAGGCAGAAGCGCGCAGCACAAGAGGAGGGCGCCCGGCGGAUGGCGCGGCCGUCCCGCUGACUCCGCGGCCGCGGGAGGCUGCGCGGGGCACGCCAUGCCGGCGGCGUGACUGAGCGGGGCGCUCCCGCCGCCCGCUCCGCCGCGCCGCGCUCCCCUGCGCUCCCCUCCGCCCCGCUCUCCUCCGCCCCCCUCCGCCGCAUGCCGCCGGCAGCCGCGGCGCGCUGAUGCCCCGGGGCCGCGGCGGCGCUGCGGACGGCCCCUAGGAUGAGCGAGGGGGCUGCCGGCGCCGCGGCGCCCGGGGCGGCGGAGGCGGCGGGGGGCCCGGGCGGGGAUGGGGCCGGAGGGCCGCCGCGGGAGCUGCGCUGCAGCGACUGCAUCGUCUGGAACCGGCAGCAGACGUGGCUGUGCGUGGUGCCCCUCUUCAUCGGCUUCAUCGGCCUGGGGCUCAGCCUCAUGCUGCUCAAGUGGAUCGUGGUGGGCUCCGUCAAGGAGUACGUCCCCACCGAGCUGAUGGACGCCAAGGGCGUGGGGCAGGACCCUUUCUUCCUCUCCAAGCCCACCGCCCCCCCCCGCGGCGCGGAGACCACCGCCGCCGCCACGCCGCGGCCGCCCAGCCGCGUCAGCCCCCGCCUCACCACGAUGAGCCGGGCCCCCCCGCGGCCCCCCGGCACCCGCGGACCGGCGCGGGGCGGCCCGCGGCCCACCGCGGCGCGGCACCCCGCCGCGCCCCACACGGCGCCGCCCGCCAGCGGCCCCCCCGGCACCGCCGGCCGCGGCGCCCGGCCGCCGCCCGCCGCCCCCAGCACCCCGCCGCUGCCCGCCUGGCCCACUGCGGCACACGCUACCUCCUCCUACAAGAUCUACGUCCACGACUCGGCGCCGUCCUGGACCUUGUCUCCCUUCCAGGAGUCAACCACCACCACGCCGGAGGCCAGCACGACCCCCAAAAUCCAUACUACAACGUAUUCCACUGAGCGAUCUGAGCACUUUAAGCCAUGCAAAGACAAGGAUCUUGCAUAUUGUCUCAAUGAAGGGGAAUGCUUUGUGAUUGAAACCUUAACAGGAUCACAUAAACACUGCCGGUGCAAAGAGGGCUACCAAGGAGUCCGCUGUGACCAAUUUUUGCCGAAAACCGACUCAAUCUUGUCAGAUCCAACAGACCAUUUGGGAAUUGAAUUCAUGGAGAGCGAAGAAGUGUACCAGCGCCAGGUGCUGUCUAUUUCCUGUAUCGUCUUUGGCAUAGUCGUAGUGGGCAUGCUUUGUGCAGCGUUCUACUUCAAAACAAAGAAACAAACAAAGCAAAUUCAUGAACAGCUGAAAGAAACACAGAAUAGGAAAACCUACAGCCUAAAUGCUUCCAGCAUGAUGGCAAAGUCAGAGUGUAUGGCACAAAGCCGAGUCCAGCUGCAAAAUUAUUCAAAAACAGAUAGGCAUCCUGGGCCUAUUCUGGACAAGGUUAUGGAGUCUAGUUUUUCAGGCCCUCAGUCUUUCCCAGAGGCCUUGUCUCCCGACAGAGGAACCCAGCCCAUCAAGCAACAUAGAAGUCUCUCUUCAUGCUGCAGCCCAGGACAAAAAAAUGGGAUGCUACAUAGAAAUGCCUUUCGGAGGACUCCUCCCUUACCUCGGGGUAGGUUCAAUGGAAUUACAGGACCAGCAUAUCAACAGCUGGAAGAGUCAAGGAUCACAGACCAGGACACAAUACCUUGUCACGGGUAUUCAUCCAGUGGUUUAAAAACUCCUCAGAAUACUUCAAUAAAUAUGCAACUGCCUUCGAGAGAGACGACCCCUUAUUUUAAUAACGUGGAUCAGAAGGACUUGGUCAGCUAUUCAUCUUCAAGGGCCAACUCCGUUCCCAUCAUCCCGUCUGUGGGCUUGGACGAAGCCUGCAUGCAAAUGCAAAAUGUUUCUGAAGUAACAGGCAUCAAAUGGUGCAAAAACUCCUAUUCAGCUGAACUUGUCAAUGUGAGUUCCCCAGUCAGUAAUUGUCUUAUAGCAGAACAACAUGAAGUGAAAAUAUUGCUAGAAACUGUGCAGGAGCAGAUUCGGAUUCUGACGGACGCGAGGCGGUCGGAGGACUAUGAACUGGCGAGCGUAGAAGCAGAGAGCGGUGCGAGCGAAAACACAGCCUUUCUGCCCAUGAGCCCCAUGGCCAAGUCAGAGCGAGAGGCACAAUUUGUCUUAAAAAGCGAAACGCAAAGAGACUCAGUAUUGACCAAGUGACUUUGUGUGGGGGUUGUGGGAGGGGAAACCAGAGAUCUGUGCAUUCGAUGCUUUGCUAAACAGGAAGGGAGGAAAUUAAAUACAAAUUAUUUAUAUGCAUUAAUUUAAGAGCAUCUACUUAGAAGAAACCAAAUAGUCAAUCGCCCUCAUAUCAUAGUGUUUUUUAACAAAAUAUUUUUUUAAGGGAAAAGUUCCAGGAGGGAUGAAGCGUACAUCAGGUGCUUUCUAGGCAGGAUUAGACAUACAGUUUCAGUUACAGAGCAUUUUACCACAGUCCCGUUCGGCUGUCCGAAGGCUUAGGCUAUGCAUCUUUUUUUCAGUGGAGGCCAAGACCAUUCUUAGAUUCAUUUCUGGUUUCAUGGCAGCGCUGCACUGAGCUGCUGGCUGGGGAUUCAGACCCUGGUGAGCAAGUCCCGUGACCCUGGCACAGACCCGAUCCCCUCUUCCCCUCUCCUCUUGGUUCCAGGUUCAUACCAUGGAAACAGGCACGCAGACAUCUACUUCUGAGGUAGCAGCACAGGUACCUACUGUGGAAUGACAAUAAAUCCCUAAAUUGAGCCAGAUGCUUAACUCUCGACCUUACUUUAAUGUGUCAGUCAGGCCAAAAAAGUCAAUGGAAACAUAGAGGAGCUCUGGGUUUGGCCAAGCGUGGAGUGGGAUUGGGGUCUGUAAAGAUGCAGUGGUCAGGAGCCUGCAGCUGCUCCAUCUUCUGAGCUUUGCCUAUCAGAGCUGUCUUGGUGGAGAGUGAGGAAGAACAAGAGAAAGUGCAAAAGUGUGUAUUACAACGGGUUUUGGGUUGGGUUUUGGUUUGGGUUUUUUUGAGUGGGAACAUAAACUCCAUUGUUUGUUACUGAUCCCUCAACAUUUCUAAACUGUUAUACUUUGAAGGCAUUUGUAAGCUCUCAAGGAGCGCUUCUGAGUGCGUGUGUAUUUUUUUUAAUGUAUUUUUUAUUAUGGGUUGUUCAGAGAAGAGUCAGGGAGAUCCGAUACGAUCAAAAUCCAGCCGAUAAGUGUCCACACUGCCCUAAUUUGUUCCCGCUUUCAGUUCUCCGGUCACUUUAAUUAAUCAUGGCUUAGGCUUUUGAACUUUAAAGCUUCAACCCUGCAGAUGGUUCAGUAUGGGCAGACCCACAAGCAUGCACAGAUCUGAUUCUAAUGGGGCUAUGUAAGAGCAGAUGGUUUCCACCAAAUCACUCCCUGCAGGGGAUCAAGGCCUUAGAGAAGAAAUGUCAUUUCCUGUUUGCCAUAUCCCAAUCACACUAUAAGCAUUUUUUGCAUUUGCUUUCUUUUGAGUCCCUCUUCCCCCCGUAAAUUGUAACACAAUAUGCCAAUAAUGCAAUGAAUUGGUUCAGUGACACACACAUUACUGUUUUUAUUAGUAUUAAAAUAUCUGCUUAUUCAUGGGGAAAAAGAAAAUCAGCUAUAAUAAAAAAUUGCUAAAUAGCCUUCCCUGGUUAAUGUCUGAAGAUUGAUUGAAAAAAAAAAAAAAUUACAGCAUAUACAGAAUCUUCUAAAACAUUCCUUUGCAGCAAAUUAAUUGUUAAAUUUAUUAAUGUGCCCCAGACUUCCCAGUUCACAACUCUCAGGACUUCCCAAAAUAGCACAAGCGAUCACACAGUGCUGUUGUAUGUUGAGUCAGAAUAAAGCAAUAUUUUAACCUGUGUCAAGUAAAUUUGGAGAAGAAAUGCUGAAGGUGUAUGUCAUUUUUUUUGUUAAGGCAGUAAAAAAAAUUACCAUUCACAGUCUUCAUUCAGCAAGUCUUAUUUUGGUUUUCUUUUGCUGUUUUGCUUGGGGUUUUUUUAAGAUAAAGUUGAUGAAAUUGCCUUGUUUACAGAACUUUCUAGGCUGUAAUCUUUGCUGUGUGUUUUCAAUAAAAAUAUAUUUGAGGGCAAAUUAUGCUUUAUGCCCCAGGACGGAGCAUGCCUCGUUCGGACUCCCUUCUUCAAUGACACAGAGCUUUUGUUGUAGCAGUAAGGUGGGAUCACCGUGAGGAGUGGUCUUACCCUGACAUGUUUCUGCAAUAUGUUGUGGCUGGGCACAAUCUCACUAUGCAUGAGCUGAGCUGACUGCGGUGGGUAUGGCCCCAAGCCCGCACCAAAUAAACCCUCUGAAAGACGAGGUGCAUUAGGUGGGGCUCAGCUUCGCAUCCCUACAGUCGUAUGACUUGUCUGUCAACACCGUUUACAUCCCGCCAGCUCAGGACAUGACUAAAGUGAGCUUGCCUCUGCCCAUAAGCCCUGUGAAAUAACUGUAAUAUAAAAACUGGCUACUAUAUAAAGCUCUGAUUCAGUAAUUUGUGAAGUAAGAUCACAAUUAAUUACUUGUUCACCAUUAAUUUCAUCAAGAGAUGGUCUCUCUGCAAUAAAGUGCAGAAUCCUGCUCAAACAGAUGUUUCAAAAUUAAAUCUUUUCAAUCCAGAUGUAAGGCCUUCUCACCCCCAAAUCCUGCCAAACUCUGCAAAUUCACCUUUGGCAACAUAUUGGAAACACACGGCAAGAUUUCUGUUGAAGAAAGAACCAUAUCAUAAGCAAUGCCUUUAUGGAGAGAAUGUGUUCACUCAGCACCCCAGAAAGACCCAGAAAGAGGGGAAGAGCGAUGUAUUUAAGAGAAUGAAAUGUUUGACUGAAUGACAGAUGAAGAUCUGAAAUGGUGAGGAUAUCUUCAGUUCAUGUUAGAGAUGCGAUCUUGUACUCAGCAAAGGAUGUGUGACUGUUAUAUGUUAACUGUUCUAUUCAGUUUUCAGCAUGUUUGAAUAGAGAGACGUUAAUAUUAACCAUAUGACAGACUAGUGUAUUAUUUGUUAAGAGUAUCGCUUCAGAUCCUAUUGAAACUGUCAUUGUUUGCAGAGGAAAAGAAAAAGGUUUGAAAACAUCAAA